GUCCUAGGCAACACUGGGCCCAUGACCCUGCAUACACCCUCCAUUCCAGUGCAGCCAGGGUGUAUCCCAGGCCCCAGCCAGGGCUCAGCGUGUGCCCCUGGGGCCUGGGCCCCAGUGGCUUCUCUGGGCUGGUGGCCAGGAUCUCCCCUAACAACAGCCCCUUAGGGCAAUGUGUUGGCUUUGGGGUGACUUCAGCAAUGUCCCUGGGAGACCAGGGAGGGGAAGAAGAAUGUUUUGAGUACGACUGCCGAGAUGAAGAGAGGAAGUUCAGCCUGGAGCAGCAUGAAGUCCUGGAUCUCGUGGAAGAGGUUUUGUGCGCUGAAAGAGUUGGCCAGAUGACUAAGACAUACAAUGACAUUGAUGCUGUUACUCGGCUUCUUGAGGAGAAAGAGCGGGAUUUAGAACUGGCUGCUCGGAUCGGCCAGUCGUUGUUGAAGAAGAACAAGACCCUCACUGAGAGGAACGAGCUUCUGGAGGAACAGGUGGAGCACAUCCGGGAGGAGGUGUCCCAGCUCCGGCAUGAGCUGUCCAUGAAGGAUGAGCUGCUUCAGUUCUACACCAGCGCUGCGGAGGAGAGCGAGCCCGAGUCCCUGUGCUCUACCCCGUUGAAGAGGAACGAGUCAUCCUCCUCUGUCCAGAACUACUUUCAUCUGGAUUCUCUUCACAAGAAGCUGAAGGACCUUGAGGAAGAGAACGUCGUACUUCGAUCCGAGGCCUGCCAGCUGAAGACGGAGACCAUCACCUACGAAGAGAAGGAGCAGCAGCUGGUCAACGACUGCGUGAAGGAGCUGAGGGACGCCAACGUGCAGAUUGCUAGCAUCUCCGAGGAACUGGCCAAGAAGACCGAAGAUGCUGCCCGCCAGCAAGAGGAAAUCACACACCUGCUCUCUCAAAUAGUGGAUCUGCAAAAGAAGGCAAAAGCUUGUGCAGUGGAAAAUGAAGAACUCGUCCAGCACCUGGGGGCUGCCAAGGAUGCCCAGCGGCAGCUCACAGCCGAGCUGCGCGAGCUGGAGGACAAGUACGCCGAGUGCAUGGAGAUGCUGCACGAGGCGCAGGAGGAGCUCAAGAACCUGCGGAACAAGGCCAUGCCCAACACCACGUCGCGGCGCUACCACUCACUGGGCCUGUUUCCCAUGGACUCCUUGGCAGCCGAGAUCGAGGGGACGAUGCGGAAGGAGCUGCAGCUGGAAGACCCCGAGUCACCGGACAUCGCCCACCAGAAGCGAGUCUUUGAGACUGUGAGAAACAUCAACCAGGUCGUCAAGCAGAGGUCUCUGACGCCGUCCCCCAUGAACAUCCCCGGCUCCAACCAGUCCUCCGCCAUGAACUCGCUCCUGUCCAGCUGCGUCAGUACCCCCCGGUCCAGCUUCUAUGGCAGCGACGUCGGCAAUGUCGUCCUGGACAACAAGACCAACAGCAUCAUCCUGGAAGCAGAGUCGGCCAACAUGGGAAACAACGAGCAGAGUAAGAAGCCGGGGACACCAGGCACCCCGGGCUCCCACGACCUAGAGACAGCGCUGAGGCGGCUGUCCCUCCGCCGGGAAAACUACCUGUCGGAGAGGAAGUUCUUCGAGGAGGAGCAGGAGAGGAAGCUCAGGGAGCUGGCAGAGAAGGGCGAGCUGCUCAGCGGGGGCUCCCUCACGCCCACCGAGAGCAUCAUGUCCCUGGGCACGCAUUCCCGCUUCUCCGAGUUCACCGGCUUCUCGGGCAUGUCCUUCAGCAGCCGCUCCUACCUGCCCGAAAAACUCCAGAUUGUGAAGCCGCUGGAAGGCUCCGCCACCCUUCACCACUGGCAGCAGCUGGCCCAGCCUCACCUCGGGGGCAUCCUGGACCCCCGGCCCGGUGUGGUCACCAAGGGCUUCCGGACGCUGGAUGUGGACCUGGACGAAGUGUACUGCCUUAACGACUUUGAAGAAGACGACACAGGUGACCACAUUUCCCUCCCAGGCCUAGCUACCUCCACGCCAGUGCAGCACCCAGAGACCUCAGGUGAGAGGUCCCCAGCACAUGUGACUGUCUCAGGCGGCAGAAGUUACCCGAGCCGGCCUCAGGCUUUCCCAGAAGAGAUACAGGAGCCGCCAGCGGCCACGGAGGAGGAGGAGGGGUCUGGUGAGGGCACCGAGACACGUCCUGCCAACCGGGCGCCUUUACCGGAGGCAGAGUUCUGGGCCAUUCUCACUUCUGUCCCGAGCGCCACCCGUAGCGCCUCUCUGUCUGUAGCUUCCGCUCGUCUGUGUGGGUGACAGUGGAAGCACUCCCAUCAUGCCGUUCUGGCUUCUAACGCAGUCGGACGCCUCCUUUUGUAACCAAUGGGGGCAGCUCCCCGCCCAUCCUGGAGGUUCCCGGCCCAGCGGGGCUCUCGAAGUGGGAGCAGAAAAGGCUGCUAAAAAGAAGCGGAUUAUUGCUCCCCCCACCCCACCCCCCAGAACAUCAGGUGCCCCCCUUCUGUCAUGGGCCUCUCCCUGUGUCUAAGAGACAGAGUCUUGAGUCCCCUGGUGAUUUCCAAACUGGGCUGAACUGAGCUGGGCAGUCUUAGGGGCAAGGAUGAGUUCUGGGUCGUUCAGAAGGCGGGUGAGAGAACUCGUGACCCAUAAGCUGCAGUAAAGCAGGAGAAAGCCCAGAACUCGUGGGGGGUUUAAGGCCGCACGUGAUCAGCCCUCAUACUUUUCUAACUUGAAUGGAAGUGUGUGCGUUUCCUUUCCGGCUUGCUCGUUUGUUCAGAGUGGAUAUUUAAAAGUGCUUUAGCAAUACUCCUUAACUACGCCAAGCCCAAGAGGAUGUCAGGAAGGUGUUCCAGGGAGAGGGUGCUAGACACAUCUGGAAAACAGCCCGGGCCGUCUCCCCUCCAACCCCCUCCCCCACUGUCCCAAUGGGCAUGAAGCCGGGACCGUGAGUUUACAGAGCCUCCCGCCUCCUGGGCGCCACUGGGUUGAAAAGCCUCGUGCUCAGGGGCCUGAGACCAUGGGGGUCACGGGGUUACCAGUUGCCAGACUCCCGGAGCCCCUGACCGCAUGCGCUAAGAUGCAAAGGAGGCUCUUAUGGGCUUGGGGAGAGACCCAGAAAAAGACAGGUUAACCAGUGUUUCUAUCCUCAUGAUGUUCCCGAGUUCACUGUGUUUGAAAGGAAGGUGUUCAUUCAUCUUCACGAUUCAUCAUUUCCAUUCGUGGAGGCCCACAGCAUUCCCUGUACAAGGAAGGACAGAACUACAGUUGCUGGUGGCAGGCCUCUUUUAUUUUAGAUUUGUUUUUAAUUUAUUUUUUUUAGAGAGGGGGGAAGGAAGGGAGGAGAAGAGGGAGAGAAACAUCAUUCUGUUGCCUCUCACACACCCCCAACCAGGGAUCUAACCCACAGCCCCGGUGUGUGCCCAGACGGGGAGUUGAACCGGCAACCUUUCGGUUCGCAGGCUGGGGCCCAACCCACUGAGCCACACCAGCCAGGGCUGCUGGUGGCAUCUGUCAUUCCUGGCUGAGUUCAGAUGCCUGUGGCCAAGGAACUUUAUUUGGGACUGGCUUUUCUUUUUACUUUAACAUAAACUCUAGAGGUAUCCCCAAGCUAAAAUGACUUGUUUAGCAUAUAGGCUUAUUUAUGGUUUAUUUUAUUUUAGGCAGCCAUUAAGUUACCAGAUUAAGCUCGCAAAGGAAUUACAGUGCUUAUUAUUUAGCAUCCUCAUGUUUGAGGAAGGAAAGCCGGCGGUGUAGACACAGCCCCGUGUGUGAGCGCCGGUGCCGCGGGGAAGACGGACAGGAGCUCAGGCAAGCCCGUGUCUGCCGAGUGUCAUGGCUCAAGUGGGAGGGAGCAUGGCGAGUGGGAUGACCCCUCCCCACAGCCCCACACGUGGACUAGAAGGUGCGUCCAGAAGUUUAGAGAAACAUCCACGGGCGCAUCUUCGAGAAGUGGUCCAGAAGGGAUAACACUCACUGAGUCCACUGAGAACUUCUGUCUGAAGACAGAGGGAGAGAAGGGGACCAAUUAUAGGACCCACCUCCCAACCGCUGUCUCAUUAACAAGAACAUAAAGUUCUUGGGUCUUCCCUCCUCACUCAGCCCUGCAGCGAAUUCACCUGUCGGAGACACACGAGUCGGAGCCAUCAGGGGGCGGGUCGGAAGGGCGAGAUCCAAGAGGACUAUGUGGAUUGCUGAAGGACACUUAGCACAGGUCCCAGGGUUUAGAUGAGAGUUCUUUGGGGCUUGUUUUCUGGGUGAGGCUCGUGAGAAGCUCAAAGGAGAGACACAAACAAUGGUUGGGCCCCUUGUUUGCUGUCACUGAGAAUAGUGGGACCGUUCUGGUUCUUGGAAUAUGAGAAGCACGUCACUCUAAAUGAUGCCCCCUGAGGCCCCGAGUGGUGCUAGGGGAACAACCUUGGAGUCAAGGGUAGGCAGGUAAGCUUCAGCGGGAGGGCCUGGGCAUCCUCAGUCCUGGCAUUUGAAUCCAGGCUGUUCUGGUGCCCGUCCCCCCCACCCCCGUCCAGCCUCCAUGGUCGGGCUUCUCUGUUGCCAGGCAGCUCAGCCCCAGGAGCCGCCCCCCUGCCUGGGACAACUGAGGAGGGACCACUUAGGGGACAAAAGGUGACGAACCUUUUUUUUCUUGCGACUGGCUGAUGGGAGGGAGUUGAGAAGACUUGCAUAGUAGGCACUUUUGCCUGGAGCCUGCUAUCCCACGGAGAAAAAGUUUUGAGCGUACUGAAAAAAAAUAUAUUAGUAUAUUUUAAUGUUUUAUUAUUGUGUCAUGAUUUGCCAGUUUUUAUGAUCCCAUGUCUUAAAAACGAUGACUCCUUGUUUUCAUAUUUGUAAAUAGAUUAUUAAAAUGGAUGGUUGAAAACAAUUCUUAGAUGAUAGUUUUACUUUAUUUCAGUGGAUGCUAAGUUUUCAUUCAUCUAGCAGGGGCGCUUUAUCCGAGGAAGCCAUCGCUCUCUGGUACUGAUAGGGUUCUCGGCUUCCGUACUUACGAGUAGGGAAGAGCCCACGUGUGGUUAAGGAUUAAGGUCAGCGCUCAGUCCUUGGUAGAUGAUUGGACGGACAGCACGGUUGAACUUUUUCUUGGACGCCUUGAUCUUAAAGGGCAGAAGGAGGUGGGGUUAAAGCGGCAGAGCUGGAAGGAAGCCAAGGCCAGUUUACCUUAACACUCAGACGCGUGGAGACCAUCUCAGUUGGGGGGAGACCCUCGACCAGGCCCAGACUCGCCCACCAGCCACAGCGGCCUCCGGACGGCGGCAUGCGGUGCAGCCGCCUGUCCUCUUUGGCUGCCGCCACUCCCUGACAUCUGUGUGGGCUCACGAGAGGCUCUUGAGGACUGGAUGUCACGGUGGCCUUGAGAGGGAAACGUUUCUGCCCUCCCCAGCACACUGCCAGCCUGUCCUUCCCUGGGGUGGGACCUUUCAGACGGCUGAAAUGCGUGAGCUGGCGGUACAGAUCUGAUCCGGAUGCCAGACUGCAGUGUCCAGUCAUCCUCAGGUCCCCCCCUGCCCCCCCUCCACGAUGUGCUGGCCUUGCUCUUGCCCCUCCCUCUCCUCACCUGUGGGAGGGUGGUGGGCUUUCCUGCACAACCUCCCUGGAGGACCCAGUGUUCCGACAGCAGACCACCCGGGUCUCACUGAUAGUCCCCAUCACAGUCUGCAGGGGUGUCCAGGGUGUCGCUGGAGAUCAGGCGUGGGGGCUGCCAGGCACCCCAUGCCCGGUGCAGCAGCAGGAGCCCAUGCACCCAGUUCUCCGUCCGUACCAGGUCUCACGGGCCCCCAGAGGAGCGCCGCCGUCAGGACCGUGUACCGGGUGCAGGUCUGCGGGCAGAGGCCCGUUGGUUGGGUGGGAGAACACGAGGUUACGGUGCCCACCUGCAGCUGUCUGACCCGUGUGUGCGUGCAUGUGCAUGCGUGUGCCACGUCUACAGGACAGAGACCUGCACACGUGCCGGCCACACGUGGUUCACCAACAUGGGUCUCGCACGGUCCGGGGCUAAUGAGGUUCAGCGGUUACCUCUGGUGGAUCAGGGCUCUGUGCCAGGGUCAGCGCCCGGGGGAGGAGGAGCACAUGGAACAAUGAAGGAUUGGGGGUUUUACCGGGACAGACAGACGGGCACCUUCCUUCCUGGAUAAAACCCUUCAGGAAAGAAAGCGCUCGGCGGGCGGGGCAGCAUCAACACUCAGCGGCUCACUCUCUCCGCACGACACAGGCCAGGCCAGACGGAGACAAAGAACAAGGGUUUCAGCAGGGCGCUGAGUCCGAGAAAUGCUGUCCUUGGGGGCCCCAGGGAGCAGCCCUGGAGGCCGGGCUCGGUGCUCGGGGCCCGGGGACUGCAGUAGUGAGCCUGCACCCAAGCCCCUGUCCCGCUGAGGAGAGCCUGUCUGUGAGAAAUCGCUCUUCCCCACACGGGGCAGGUGGGAGGAAUUGCCCGGAGCUGCUCUGUGGCCUCACAAGGAGCCUCGGGCGACUCACUGUCCCUGUGUUG